AUGGCGGUGGUGCAGGUGUUGGAUCGGCAUGCGCUUGGCAUCCAGAGCCCUCCUCACCAACCGCCUGGCCGCAUCCCAGCUGUCUCCGACGACGCCUCCACCACCACGACCCACGCCUACACAACCCUCCAUCCAUCCCCCUCUGUCGCGAGCAUCACAGGCACCAUGUCUUCCAACGAGCUCGCCCCGAGCUUCGCGCCUUUCUUUGGCAUGAGCGGAAUCGCGUUUGCAAUGAUCUUUGGAUGCGCCGGAGCUGCCUAUGGCACCGCCAAAGCUGGCAUCGGCAUUGCUGGUAUCGGAACAUACAGGCCAGACCUGAUCAUGAAGUCGCUCAUCCCCAUUGUCAUGUCGGGUAUCUUGGCCGUCUACUCACUCGUCAUAUCCGUCCUCAUCGCCAGCGACAUCAAGCCCCCGCCCAACAACACGUAUUCGCUGUAUGCUGGAUUCAUGCACAUGGCUGCCGGAUUGUCAGUUGGUUUGUCGGGUCUGGCUGCAGGAUACGCCAUCGGAAUUGUGGGCGACGCUGGCGUGCGUUCCUUUAUGAGCCAAUCGCGAAUCUUUGUCGGCAUGGUGCUCAUUCUCAUUUUCGCAGAAGUCUUGGGUCUUUACGGACUGAUUGUUGCCCUCAUUCUCAACACGCGGGCAAGCGGCUGA